UGCUUAUUCGCUAUACAGUUCUGAUACGUAGGGUAGCGGGCACUACAAUGAAGAACUCAUACUAUUUUUUCUUGGUUGUAUGUCUGGUUUUGACGUGUUCGAAGGGUGACUCAACAGAGGAGGAAAACGAAGAACACUCUAAAGAUAUGCUCCGCAGUUUGGCCUCCGAGUGCAAGAACACCGAGGGAGCGACCGACGAAGAUGUGGAAGCUAUGGUAGAGCACAAGAUGCCGAAAACACAAGUGCAAAAGUGCUUCCAUUCGUGUCUUCAGCAACAGUUUGGAAUCUCCGACGGGGAGAAAUUUUUGAAGAAAGGUUUCAUUGAACUUAGCGAAAUGCUGCUCAAAAAGGACGAAGAAAAAAUGACUGUGGCAGAAGAGAUUGCCAUCGAGUGCGAUGGUAUUGCCAAUCCGGAUCGCUGUCAACUUGCGGUAGAUAUUAUGAGCUGUGUAGAACAUGGAAUGGAGAAAAGAGGAAUUCAAAAGCAUCGUUGAAUGUGAAGCUGCGUUGAACUUGUGGUCCCGAUCUGUAAAUACUUCAUAAACACUAGCGUAAGAAUGAGCAUCAAAAUGGAUUGAUUGAAAGAUUAGUCAUAUUUCAUUAAAACAAUAUAUUACUGUGCUUAGGCAAAA